AUGGAUGAAAUUGCUAACUCCAAUGAAGUCGAAGAAACUAAUAACGCAAGCAAAGAUGAAACUACGCUUUUUGACAAAUCUCUACUUAAACGUUCACAAACUGAAGUUUUUGAUGCAAGACAUAUUCCACGCCCCCGCACCGAUAUUAUUACACCUCUCCCUAUUACAUUCGCUGAUGUUGGUGAAAGUCUCGAAGAAUUACUAAAAAAUAAUAAAGCUUGGUCUAGUGCUAUCACUAAACAAGUCCCGGGAUUCUUUGCCAACCAUGCAAAAGAGCAAAAACCUAAAAUUGUUUGGAUUGGAUGUUCUGAUUCGAGAGUUCCUGCGGAAACAGUAGUUCAGUUGGGGCCCGGUGAAAUUUUUGUUCACAGAAAUAUUGCUAACCAAUUCAACCAUAACGACUUAAAUUGUUUGUCAGUAUUGCAAUAUGCAGUGGAUCACCUAAAGGUUGAACAUAUAAUCGUUUGUGGUCAUUAUGGAUGUGGAGGCGUCCAUGCGUCAAUGAGCAACGAACAACACGGUCUUGUUGACCACUGGUUACGUACCAUCAAGGAAAUUUACUGUGCUAAUAAAUCUAAAAUUGAUGCCUUACCACCAGAAGACCGUGCAAAUGAGUUGGUUAAACUUAAUGUCGUGCAGCAAGUUCAUAAUAUAUCUGCUACAAACAUUGUUCAAAAUGUAUGGGAUAAGGGUAGAAAACUCGAAGUACACGGUUGGGUUUAUGAUUUAGGGACGGGUCUAAUAGAAGACCUCUCAAUUCAUAUUAAGGGUGAAGAGGAUUUGCGUGAUCAAAUUUUUAAAAUUGAUUGUUUAAAAUAA